AUGACAGCAAGGUACAACGACGACUUGCAAGUACAAAGCUUGCGGCUCAACGAGUGGCAUCUUGCUCGACGAGCAAUAAUAAUAAUAAUAAUAAUAAUAAUAAUAAUAAUAAUAAUAAUAAUAAUAAUAAUAAUAAUAAUAAUAAUAACUCUUUUUCCUCUUUUUUUUUGUUUUUUUACAGAUUUAGAGCAACAAGCGAUUGGGUCUUAUACCUUUAAACCACAUGGCUAG